AUGGAAAAUGACGAUGAUCACAACGUUAUUGUCCUACUUAUUGUCGCGGGUUCAGCAAUAUUUGUUGUUGUCUCAAUGUAUCGUGUCCUGACCAUUUGGUUUUGUCACCACCAAAGCACCACGGCAGAUCAAAACCCCCCACAACCACCGCCGUUGGCCGCAACACCGAGCCUCGGCGAAAGGGCAUCCUCAUCAAUAGUACACCUAAUUCCAACACACAUGUAUCAUAAGAGAAAUAAAGUUGACGUGGUUUCGGAUGAUGAAGGCGAAGGCGGCACCUGUGCUGUUUGUUUGGGAGAUUUUGAGGAGGGUGAUGAGUUGAAGACUAUGCCGGAGUGCUUGCACUCUUUUCAUGUGCAUUGUAUUGACAUGUGGCUCCGUUCGCAUUCGAGUUGCCCUAUUUGUCGCGCUGGUGCCGGUGCUGCCCCUUUGCCGGCGAUGAGUGCAAAUCAUCGCAGCAUAGAUAUGAAUAUGGCUCCACUAGGUCCUGUCAGGCAAAGUGGAUUGCUGCGAUGGUGA